CUUCAGUUGCUGCCCGCCAUCGCGAACCGUUCCCCAUCCUCCAGCUCAUGGAAUUGGCUCGCAGAAUUGGACUCGUCUCUCCCCUCCCGGCCCUCGACGAAGUGCAAUCAUGAAUAUCGCACAGCCCGUCGCCUCCGAGGUGGAGAGCGUCGAGUUCACAUUUCUCUCCGCUGACGAAAUACGGGCAGUAUCCGUCAAGCGCAUCGAGAACGAAAGCACCUUUGACAAUCUGCUAAAUCCGGUGCCUGGCGGUCUCUAUGACCCGGCUCUUGGCUCUUGGGGCGAUUCACCAUGUUCAACUUGCAACUUGAAUCAGGCCUCGUGUCCCGGGCAUCCAGGCCACAUUCAGCUCCCCGUGCCCGUCUACCAUCCGGUGUUUCUGGACCAGGCAUACCGUCUCCUCCGGGCGACAUGCGUCUACUGCAAAGGCUUUCGACUGCCACCAAAGGAGCUGCACGCAUACACCUGCAAGCUUCGCCUCCUUCAACAUGGCCUUAUCCAACAGGCUCACAUAGUCGGGUCUAUCGGCGAGAAUGAACUCGCCGUGGAACUUCAAGAGUCCCUCGGCCUGGAGGAUAGUGAGGCCGAGGAGGAAGGAACCUCUUCCAUCGACAACGUCACCCGCGCGCGAGAAAAGUAUGUGCAGCGCUGUCUCCGUGGGAGCAAGCUGCGGAGGGGCGAUGUAAAGAAGGGUAAACACGAGGGCGCCAGUGAGAUGCGUCGAGAGGUCAUCAAGGAAUUCCUGACCGAUAUCACGAAAAAAGCGAUGUGCGCCAGCUGUGGUGGCAUAUCACCAACAUAUCGGAAAGAUAGAUUCGUCAAGAUCUUCGAAAAGUCCUUGUCCGGAAAGGAGAAAGCCAAGAUGGCUCAGAAGAGCCUGAAGUGGGAUGAUGCCAUGACACGCGUCUACCAUAACAAGAAGCCUCGAAAGGGGGACGGCUACGCAUCCGAUGAAGGAGUCGCCGACAUUGGCUCACCAAGCCGCAAAGUACAGACGACUACGCUCGAGGAUAUCGAAAUGCCAGAUGCGGAUGCUGCCGAUUCUGCUCCACCCCAAAGAUACAUCAGCUCCAUGGAGGUUCACGCGAGGCUAGCAGAGCUUUUUGAGAAGGAGCAGGAACUCCUUUCGCUCCUAUACAACGCCAAGCCGCCCACGCGAAGCUCGCCCAAAGUCACGCCCGAUAUGUUCUUUAUGACGACAAUCCUGGUUCCUCCCAAUCGGUAUCGACCAGAGGCGCGCACUGGCGAUUCGCAGAUUGCCGAGGCCCAACAGAACUCCCUGUAUAAGAACAUACUCAGGAGCUGCAGCAAAAUUGCCCAAGUAUACAACGCCCUGGACGCUGGCAAUGCCGACGUUGUCCAAAUGCACCAAGCUUGGACAGAGCUUCAGGAAGGUGUCAAUGCACUCAUCGACAAGACCAAGAACCCUGUACAGGGUGCUGCGGCAAAGCGCAACGAAGACGGCAUCAAGCAGAAGCUCGAAAAGAAGGAGGGUUUGUUCAGAAAAAACAUGAUGGGCAAGCGCGUCAACUAUGCCGCCAGAAGUGUUAUCUCACCGGACCCCAACAUCGAGACCAAUGAGAUUGGCGUCCCCCCCGUUUUUGCAAAGAAACUCACAUACCCAGAGCCCGUCACCAGCCACAACUUUCGAGAUAUGCAGCAGGCCGUCAUCAAUGGCGUCGACAAGUGGCCGGGUGCCUUCGCGAUUGAGAAUGAGAACGGCCAAGUCGUCAAUCUCCGGAACAAGUCAGUCGAAGAUCGCAUCUCGCUUGCCAAUCAGCUCCUAGCGCCUACAAACACCAGCGCAGCGAGAAUGAGGAACAAGAAAGUGUAUCGUCACUUGACGAAUGGCGAUGUUGUAUUGAUGAAUCGUCAGCCGACCUUGCACAAGCCUUCUAUUAUGGGCCACCGAGUGCGAGUGCUCCCUGGAGAGAAGACGAUUCGAAUGCAUUAUGCCAACUGCAACACAUAUAAUGCCGAUUUCGACGGCGACGAGAUGAAUAUGCAUUUUCCGCAAAAUGAGGUUGCCCGGGCAGAGGCUUUGCAAAUUGCCGACACAGACCACCAGUACCUAUCCGGCACUGCCGGCAAGCCACUCAGAGGCUUGAUUCAAGACCACAUCUCCGUCUCAGUCACGUUGUGCAACCGUGAUACAUUCUUCAGUCGCGGCGACUACCACCAAUUGGUCUAUAGUGCCCUGCGCCCGGAGAGCGGGCACAUCCUUGGGGAAAGGAUUGAGCUUGUGCCUCCUGCAAUCAUCAAGCCAGUGCCAAGGUGGACAGGCAAGCAGGUCGUAACUACAAUCCUCCAGAACAUCCGCCCGCCUAACUGCGGUGGCCUGUCUAUGCGCAGAGAGGUCCUGAUAAGGGCGGACCAGUGGGGGGCCAAUUCGGAGGAGGGCAGCGUUCUCAUCCAGGACGGAGAGUUCAUCACCGGAAUUCUGGACAAAUCACAGAUCGGACCUAGUUCUGGAGGCCUGAUUCAUGCAAUUCACGAGAUUUACGGUCCAGCUGUGGCGGGCAAGUUGCUGAGCAGCCUUGGUCGCCUGCUGACUAGAUACCUCAACAUGAGAGCCUUCUCCUGCGGCAUAGAUGAUCUCAGGCUCACUCAGGAGGGUGAGGAUGCACGACGAAGGGAGCUUGUUGCUGCCGAUACGGUGGGAGUUCAAAUCGCAUCUGGCUACGUUUCUCUGGAAAACCAGUCCAACCCGCUCAACCCUCUUCUCUUGGAGCGCCUUGAAGAGGUUGUGCGCGACGACAGCAAGCAGGAGGGCUUGGACCUCCUAAUGAAUCAACGGACAAGGGAGAUUACGGAUGCCGUUCAGAAGUCCUGCAUUCCUAAGGGCCUGGAAAAGCCCUUCCCGAGAAAUCAAAUGCAGGCCAUGACGACAUCGGGAGCCAAGGGCUCCCGAGUGAACGCAUCCCUCAUUUCAUGCAAUCUUGGUCAGCAGGUUUUAGAGGGAAGACGUGUGCCUCUGAUGGUCAGCGGCAAGAGUUUGCCAUGCUUCAAGCCAUUUGAAACCAAUGUCAGGGCCGGCGGCUACAUCGUGAACCGCUUCCUAACAGGCAUUCGACCGCAGGAGUACUACUUCCAUCACAUGGCUGGUCGAGAAGGUCUCAUCGAUACAGCAGUGAAGACUUCGCGCUCAGGUUACCUGCAAAGAUGCAUUAUCAAAGGCAUGGAAGGGCUAACGGUAGCCUAUGACACAACUGUGCGGGAUGCCGACGGGUCCAUGAUCCAAUUUCUAUACGGUGAGGAUGGUCUUGACGUGACGAAACAAAUGUACUUGUCCGAUUUUAGUUUCAUUCUGCAAAACGUCACGUCUGAGGCAGCGCAGUUGAGGUAUGAUCCCAAGCUCGGCGAGCGACUUGGGGCCCACCGAGCUGCGUUCACCAAGUACAUGAAGAGCGCCAUCAAGCAUGCCAAGGCCAACGAUCGAAACGCAAAAGAUCCUCUUUCCGCCAACUUCGAUCCAGCUACGAACGCUUUCGUCACUUCAGAAACGUUCUACGAUGCCGUGUCAAGUUACCUCAAGAAGAACGCUGACGGAUUGGUACGUGAGAAGGGUAACAAGGCUCAACGAGGCCUUCCCCGUGUCGCCCUCAAUCGAAAGAACGCGGAGAUGCUUUUUGCCAUGAAGUUCCUACGGUCUCUGGUGGAGCCUGGCGAAGCUGUGGGCAUUGUCGCCGGCCAAUCUGUGGGCGAACCGUCAACGCAAAUGACCCUGAAUACUUUCCACUUAGCAGGGCAUUCAGCCAAGAACGUCACCCUGGGUAUUCCUCGACUUCGCGAGAUUCUGAUGACGGCAAGCAAGGACAUCUCAACGCCUGCCAUGUCCCUGUACCCAAUCUCGGAGCUUUCAUCGAACGAUGCAGAGGUGUUUGCCAAAUCAAUUAGCGCAUUGCGACUAGGGCAAAUUCUUGACCGCGCCGCUGUCGAGGAGAGGGUCGGCAAAGGCAAGGUAUAUGGUUUGGCAAAAGUCUACAAAGUCAGUCUGAAGUUCUUUCCCUCGGCAGAGUAUACCAAAACGUACGCAAUCCGCAUCUGCGACGUGAUGGACACCGUCGAGCGGAAGCUUUUGCGGGCUAUUCUAUCUCUCACGAAGAAGGAGAUUAAGAAGCGGCAGGCCCAGACGACCAAUGCCACUCCCGAAAUUGGAGUUAAGGCUGGCGUCGUGGAGAUGGCUGCUCUAGAGCCCGAAGGCGAGGGGCACGGCGAGGAUGACGACGACGACAUAGGCGAUGACGAUGCCACCAACUCGAAGCAGCGCGCAAACCGCAGCGAGGCUGUAUCAUACGGGCCCAACGACGACGACGAUGACGCCAUCCAGCGGGCGAAUGAGAGGGAGGCCAUGGCUAGCGAGAUGGAAGACGAGGGUUUCGGCGGUAGCCCUCCACCAUCCACGCGUAACGCCGACAAUUCGGACGAGGACGAGGAGGACGAGAACAUGACAUCUUGGUCUGCCAAGGCUCGGACGCAGCGGGUCCUCGACGCUUACGCAGAGGUUACGGACUUUGACUCCGACGAGAAGGAUGGCGGCUGGUGCACCUUGACAAUGGAGUUUGACGCCAUUAUCCCCAAGGUGCUGAUGCUCAACAUCGUGCAAGACGCGAUCCGCAAGACGGUGGUGCAGCAGAUCUCCGGCGUCAACUCUUGCAGCUUCGUUGAAGAGAAAGGCAUACGGGCCAUACACACGGAGGGCGUCAACCUACGGGCUAUGCAAAGAUACAGCGACUUUAUCGAUCCGAACCGCAUCGAGACCAACGAUAUUGGGGCGGUGCUGGACGUCUACGGCGUGGAAGCUUGUCGAAACAACAUUGUGCGCGAACUGGGAGGCGUCUUCAAGUCACACGGCAUCGCGGUUGAUAGUCGGCACCUCAACCUGAUCGCAGACUACAUGACGAGGAACGGCGACUUUACCGCCUUCAGCCGCAUGGGCUUGAGGGGCAACGUUAGCCCGUUCACCAAGAUGAGUUUCGAGACUACGCUUGCAUUCUUGAAGGACGCAGUGUUGGAUGGCGAUUGGGAUGACCUAACAACACCGAGCAGUCGAUUGGUAAUGGGUAGGUUGGGGAGAGUCGGAACUGGUGGCUUUGAUGUACUGACCCAGCUGCCGACGUACCACGUGGACUCGCUGGCAUGAGAGCCGGCCACGGCCAGCAAAUGCUUUUGAGGUGGCGCGCAGACAAGGAUGUGUCGAGUGGCCGUUCGAUGGGGCAGUACUUGGUACAUGAUAGCAAGAGACGUAGGAAACCAUGAUUGUCAGAGCAAGUGGGAUUUGCAUUUGACGCUGCGCGCGUAUGUAUGUUUGCCUUUUCGUUGUCUUUUCCAUUGUCUUCAGGCUCGAAAUCCAGUCACCAAAAGAAAGAAGACCCUUAUCGUUG